UAAACUGACGCCACACUAUGCAUUCUCAGUUUCUCACUACAACACUGCCAGGACUCCAGCGCCAGAUGAAUCCGCACCGUUGAUACGAUGGUCAAAACCACAAGAUCAACGGUGCAGAUCUACCUAAACAAGUCAACACUCUGAAUGCAUUGACUUGCCAGCAGCAGACAUCCAAAACCUAAAGAAAGUCGUACUUCCCCAUUAGUCCAAAUCCUUCAAAUCCCAAAUAAAAUCACUUCAAUUUCACUCCCAAAGCCUCUUCCACCACCGCCGGAAAUAAUGGCCGCCGCCGCCGUCUCCGCCGCCACACCGCCGGCGACCUUUCUCCUCUACUACACCGUCUUCCUCCUCCUCCUCAAAUCGACGUCAUUUUCCGGCGCCGCCCAAUCGUGCUCCCCCUCCUUCUGCGGGUCCACAGAGCCCAUAAUCCGAUUCCCCUUUCGCCUGAAAACCCUACAGCCCGCCGCCUGCGGCGCCGCCGGAUUCACUCUGGCCUGCGACGGAUUCAACAAUCAGACAACAAUCGACCUACGGAGGUCCGGGACCUUCGCCGUCCGGGCAAUCGACUACGCCCGGCAGAACAUAUGGCUGAACGACCCCGGCGGGUGCCUUCCCCGGCGGCUCCUGGAGCUGAACCUCACCGGAACGCCGUUCGCCGGCGUGUUCUUGCAGGAAUUUAUGGUGUACAGAUGCGGCGCGUCGUCGUUGGAUCCAAGGAAGUAUAAUUUGGAUCGGAUAGAGUGUCUGAGCGACGGGAACUUCUCCGUGUUCGCGACGGCGUCGGAGCGGGUGGCGCCGCUUCUGGCGGCGAGGUGCUCGGCGAUGGCGACGGUGGCGGUGCCGGUGAAGUGGGAUUCAUUUGAGCCGGUGGCGACGUCGGAUCUAAGCGACGACGUGCGGCUGCGGUGGGGGUCGCCGAGCUGCGGCGGCUGCGAGUCGCGCGGCGGCCGGUGCGGCUUCACCGGCGCCAACGCCACCGUGGUUGAGUGCAGCCGCGGCGCCUCCGGCCGGGGACUGCCGAGAAGCGCAAGGUACGCCAUCAUCAUCGGCGCCGGCGUGCCGGCGUUCCUCUGCCUGCUGGGAUUCGUGUGCUUCCUCUCCAGCCGCCUGCGCCGCCUCUGCUGCAGGCUGCGACACCGCCAGCCUGUCAUGGAGUAUUCCAUGGCUGUGGCGCCGCAGCCCAUAGCCGCCGCCCGGUCAGGACUGGACAUGCCGACGAUCGAGUCGUACCCGAAAACGACGCUGGGGGAGAGCUGUCGGCUGCCCAAUCCCGACGACAACAUUUGCUCGAUCUGCUUGUCGGAAUACAUGGCCCACGACACUCUCAGAACCAUUCCGGAAUGCCGCCAUUGCUUCCACGCCGACUGCGUCGAUAAAUGGCUCCGGCAGAACGGGUCGUGUCCUGUCUGCAGGAACUCACCCAAGACAUCAACUCCUGUGCCGCAAGAUUGAUAGUUUCUUAAAGACAAAUUGUUAAAAGACGGGGUUUAUGAAACACAACAAUGUUACAACAUGCGAAGAUCGAAUAUGUGUAGAAGCUUUAUGCACAAAAUGGUUCAUAUGAAAUGGAAGUAAUAGAAGUUGAGACAUUUCGAGAAAAUAUGCUAGGACAAGCUAAACAUGAGUUGUUAAUGAAUAUAAUAUUAUAUU